GUCCCUCCUGGCAUACUUACCCGGUCCUGACCAAGUAAAUUCUUGCACCAGAGAGAGAGAAAAGGUGACGAGAAAACAAUCCUGGUCCUCGGGUGUCGCCGAACCGCCGAUAUACGUUUUGCGCGAUCGAUUUAUGCUUUACACAGCUGAUCUUCUUCAAGAAGCUCAGAAUGGUGUCGCCCCAGUAUGACAUCUUCACUCUGGAAAGACCACUAACAGAUACCACCAUCGCUAAAUUCUCGACGUUUCGGUUGCUAGCGCUGAAAACAGAUCCAGCAGCGUUUGCAUCGACUUACGCACGAGAAUUGGCAUUCUCACGGGAAGUAUGGAGAGAGCUCCUCGACUCACCUCAUCAAGCUACGUUUGUCGCCGCGGUUCGAGGGGAGCUGAUCAACGGUGACGAGUGGGUUGCGACGGUCACGGUGGUAGCACCUUCAGCCCUUCCUCCAGGUAGCUUGGAACCAUUCCAAACAGCAGGUGUCAGAGCUGGCUGGGAUAUAUAUCAUUUCGUGGCCAUGUGGGUGCAUCCCGAACAUCGAGGAAAUGGACUGGGGAGGAAGUUGGUGGCAUCGCUGUUGGAAUGGGUACAGAAUCACGAUGAUGGCCCUAAGAACGAUAACAAAGAUAAGGUCGUUACUUUAAUGGUGGCGGAGUCAAACGAGAGCGCACGGGCGUUAUAUGAUAAGAUGGGCUUUGAGGAAAUACAGAGCAUGAGGCAAGACAAAGGGUUUGUCUGGAUGAUGAGCCAUAUUGUAGAGCAUAGCACGUGAUACUUUUGCAGGACGAAGAAGGGAAGAAAGGAUAGGUUGGACUCGGAUCUAUAAACCUUCACGAAACCUCGUUUUCUGUGAGGUAGUUGUAGGGUGUAAAUGUGCGCUCUGGCACGGCCUCUAAACUGGGGGAGAAGGAACCAGAAUACAACACUGUGGCAUCGAAGUUCUUCAUAUAAACACAAGGGUCGCCAGUGUUCGACUUUGGAAAGUUUGCACGCUCGGCACAUCUCCUUUUCGUUACCAUGUCUGACACCGAAUAUCAACAUUAUACCAACCUUUGUACGUUCUGUCCAAGUCAAAGGCUCUUAACCGAGACUUGUUCAUAUGGACGACUUUGCCACACAUCGAAGCACUGGCAGGUCUUGACAUCGAUUCGCGUGACCCUCUGACGGUUUCUACACUGCGUUGUAUCGCUGGAUCGACCUUGUGAUGUCGAAGUAAUGCCGCGUGCCUUACAAGCUAUACUAUGUUAGAGUCGCGCAUUCGAAGAGAGGAAUGCCCCUGUGUGAAAAAUAAGUAUCACUCAAGUCGGAGAUGCUCUUCCCCCUACGCCAAACGAGCUGCCCCGCCCCGGGUGAUGAGGGGGCAACGGAAAUUUGGAGCAGAGUUUACGGUUAUCACGUAAUGAUCACUCUUUCGAAGAUGACGACGAGGAAUGGGAGACAUGGGAGACAAAAGACAUGGAUUAACAUGUUGCUGCCUUGACUACAGAGUACCGUCGAAAACCAAUAGACUAUGUAUCACAAGAUAGCCUCCUUCAGAAACAUGAUAUGGAAGUUUUCUACGUACUUU